AUGAAAACUCAUAUUAUGACCAAUUUAGAAUCUACCAAAAAUGGGUCAAAAAAUCGUCGAUCUCUAAAGAAUGGUGAGUAUCCUCUGAUGGAGAAGGAGCUUUAUCAUUGGUUUAUUGAACAAAGGAAAAAGCACAUUCCAGUUAAUGGAACUGCUUUAAAAACCAAAGCCAUUGAAAUACAAAACAGACUUUAUAGCGGCGGAUUCCAUGCAAGUGACGGUUGGCUGUCAAGAUAUAAAAAAAGAUACGGCAUAAGACUUCUUAAAGAAUCUGGGGAGAAGUUAUCAUCCCGAGCCGAUUUGGUGGAGCCUUUUAAAAAAGACCUCCAGAACAUUAUCAUCGAGAACAAUCUAACUCUUGAUGCAAUUUUCAAUGCGAAUGAAACUGGUAUGUAUUGGAAAAUGCUACCAGAUAAAACUUUUGUGCAUGCUGGGGAAGUAACUGCUCCAGAGGUGGAAUUGUUUUUAGAAUCGAAAUCCCUACCCAUAAAGGCUUUAUUAAUUUUGGAUAAUGCCCCAAGUCACCCUCCUAAAGAUCAAUUAGUAAAAUCCACUAAAGAUGGAAAAAUUUGGACGAUAUUUAUGCCUCCAAAUGUGACACCACUCAUCCAACCGAUGGACCAGAAUGCCAUACGUUUAGUUAAAUUACAAUACAGAAAUAGUCUUCUGUCUAAAAUUAUUUCAUUAGGAGCUGAAGACAUUGUACUAUUCCUAAAAAAUAUCAAUCUUUACGAAGCAACAUCAAUGAUAAGUCUUGCAUGGAAAAAUUUAAAAGCGGAUACAUUGGCAAACUGUUGGCAUAAAUUAUUAAAGUCCAACAAUGGCGAUUUCGACGAGGAGGAUGAUAUUCCUUUAGCACAAUUGUUCCAUAUUGAGGAAAUUGUCAAUAUAAGACGAAGUAAUAGGCUCUUAAGUACAGUUUUUCCAGAGAUAACAUUUACUACAGAUGAUAUAAAUUAUUGGAAUAGAGAUGAUGAUCAAGAUAAUGAUGAAGAGGAUGACGAUGAAAAUGUUGAUCCUGAAGAAAUUGUCAAUAUUACACAAGAAACUAAAAUAAGAAAUGCAGAUGCAAUAAAUAGUUUCGAAACUUGUAUUUUAUGGAGUCAGCAGAACAAUAUUGAUUGUACAAAGUCAUUAGUUUUGCGAGAACUUCAGGAAGAAGCAGUCCAAAAAAGUUUACAACUAGGACAAAAACAAACUUCAAUAAACGACUUUUUCCAGUCUUCCUAA